UGCAAUUCAGUCUGUGUCGGUCCUUCCGAGCCCAAGUGCGCGCAACGAUUUGGCGUCUCGGAAAAAACGCGUGUGUCAAUAUUUUGAUAAAACAUCGGGCGUAAACAUUCAAAUUUAUAAAAUAUGGUCUCGAAUUUUGUCUGCAAAUGGAUUAUACUGAUCUUGCCGUUGUCGAUUUGUAAAAGCCAUCCUAUGAUGCGAGGUGAUUUCGAAGUGGUUCGUCCGUCGACCACCACCGCACAUCCAUCCUACAUCUCGACACCCGGCAACGAUGUCGCGACGGAGCCCUCCCAGUCGCCUCCUCCGGACCUGGAGGUGCUCCAGUCGGAGGCGCGGUACGACGCGAGCGCGAUGCUGCGCCAGCCGUCGGCGACGUCGACCAGGCACGCCGACAGCUGCGAAGCAGAAGGCAAGAGAUACCAGCACGGAGACAAGAUUUGGAGGCCUGAUCCUUGCGAGAGCUGCCUCUGCCUGGACGGCGAGACCUUCUGCUGGUGGCAACAGUGCGACACGAAUCACAUGCCCGACGAAGCCCUAAUGGCGCUAAUUAAAGAAGAACCAUCAUUAAUUACGACCAAGAAUCAGCAGUUGGACCACGAAAUAAAACAGAGGAAAUUCUCCGAUACACCGAGCACCACCACCACUACUGCGAAUGGCGUGGAUUUGGUAAAAAUUUACCAGAGCGAUUUCAUAUCGACGCCGGGAGGCGACACUACGAAUUCCAAUACGGUGGAAUAUUCUCAGAGCACUUUUUACAAUUAUUCAGAAUCUACCGACACGUCGGUUAGUGUUUCGGAAGAUGUCGAAACUAGUAGUGUACAGGAUCCGAAGUCGACAGACUUCGACAAUACGUCGCAGGAUGAUUUGGCCAGUUCGAGUUUUCAUCAGACGUCUGAUUCUACAGAAGGCGCCAAUGUCUUGAAUGUGCAUUCAAAUCAUUUGUCUUCGACAACAAAUGCUGAUAAUUUUAAUGAAACUGUAAAUGAAACAACAGUAGUUAUUGAUGGUGUCUCCGCAGUGGAGAGAAAGGAGGCUGGUGCUAGUAGGAAGUGCAUUGUCAUGGGUGUCGAGUAUGGCGUCGGAGCGGUGUUGCCAGGUGAGACCGGAAAUUGUCUGCGUUGUGUCUGCUCCGAGGUGACCAGCACCAGGGUCGCCGCAUCCGCGUCCGCGCCUCCGCCUCCGCCUCCGCCGGUCGUCACGUGUCACCCGCACGAGUGCGCCCCCUUGACAAGGAAGGACAUUCUGGAGGAUUCGGCGGAUACGUUUUAAGAUAGAAACUAAGUUAGUUUUGUAUCAGAUUUAGUUUAGUUUAAACUUAAGUUGGAUGUGAGGCUAUUUGUUUUGAAAAUUAUAACAACAAAACAAAACUGUAAGGGUUAUUUAAGCAGCAACC